UAUGGGCACUCCUUUUGUCAAAUGAGAGACGCAGUGGGGCGGCCCCUCAGCCGCAGUUUAGCCAAUGGAGAAGGCGAGAUGGGCGGGCUGGGAGUGCCCGGCGGCGGAUCCUCAGCUCUGAGCCGAGGUGCAGUGAGCUGGUGGGGGGACCGCGAGGCGAGCGCGGGAGCCUGGGCGGCGAGCCGGGUGUGAGCUGCCUGAAAAUGCACUCGGAUGCCGCCACUGUCAAUUUUCAGCUGAACUCUCAUCUCUCAACACUGGCAAAUAUUCAUAAGAUCUACCACACCCUUAAUAAGCUGAACCUAACAGAAGACAUUGGCCAAGACGAUCACCAAACAGGAAGUCUGCGGUCUUGCAGUUCUUCAGACUGCUUUAAUAAAGUGAUGCCACCAAGGAAAAAGAGAAGACCUGCCUCUGGAGAUGAUUUAUCUGCCAAGAAAAGUAGACAUGAUAGCAUGUAUAGAAAAUAUGAUUCAACUAGAAUAAAGACUGAAGAAGAAGCCUUUUCAAGUAAAAGGUGCUUGGAAUGGUUCUAUGAAUAUGCAGGAACUGAUGAUGUUGUAGGCCCUGAAGGCAUGGAGAAAUUUUGUGAAGACAUUGGUGUUGAACCAGAAAACGUAGUUAUGCUUGUCCUAGCUUGGAAAUUGGAUGCACAAAGCAUGGGUUAUUUUACUCUACAGGAGUGGUUAAAAGGAAUGACUUCUCUCCAAUGUGAUACAACAGAAAAACUCAGAAAUACUUUGGAUUACUUAAGAUCAUUCUUAAAUGAUUCUACAAACUUUAAACUUAUUUACAGAUAUGCGUUUGACUUUGCACGGGAAAAGGACCAGCGCAGCCUAGACAUAAACACUGCCAAGUGCAUGUUGGGACUGUUAUUAGGAAAAAUCUGGCCCCUUUUUCCAGUUUUUCACCAAUUCUUAGAGCAAUCAAAAUACAAAGUUAUUAAUAAAGACCAGUGGUGCAAUGUCCUAGAGUUUAGCAGAACAAUUAAUCUUGACCUCAGCAACUAUGAUGAAGAUGGAGCAUGUAAGUACUGCCGCUACCAUUCUGCCAUUCAUGUACAUUUCUAUAUCAUCCUCAUUGGGAAAAGCCUCAGCUACAUUAUAUUAUUGUUAUUAUUAUUGUUAUUAUUACUACUGUUUCUCUCUUUCUCUCCAGGGCCAGUUUUGUUGGACGAGUUUGUGGAGUGGUAUAAAGACAAACAGAUGUCCUAGGACUUUAUGCAUAGCAGCAAGAGAGUCACUGUUACCACAGUUUUGUCACCCAUUAGCCAUAAAUUGCUGUUUGUAUCAAAGCGCAUGCUGCUUUUCUUGCACUGUUUCCCUUUCGCAGGGACAUGUUGGUGUUUGCUAUUGAAUUGGCCAGCUCUGCUUGCUGUGUGGCAUUGUUCUCUUGGAAGGCUGCUUUGCAGUUUGUACUUACACUACAGAUUGGUGAAUUUGCAAACGUCCUCACUGUGAUUAUGUGUAUAUUGCUGUUUAAAUUUUGUAUAUGUGUAUAAAAGGAAAAAACUUCACCUAGAGAUUAUUUCUGAAAAAUGUAUUGUAAAAAUAAUUUUGUGGCAUUUCUAGUCCCUUUUUUUGAAUGAACCAAUUAUACUUUAUUUGGUCUCCUAUGUAGCAUUUCAGAAAACAAGACAAAACUGUUAACCGUGAACAAACAUUGCCAGAAUUAACCUUACUGUUUAAGAGGCCAACUUCUGGAAGGAGGUAGGAGUCGUAACUUUUCAGAGGCAUAUGCCAAAUAUCAUUUGGUAUACUUAACAUAUUAGUGUUUUAAAAUGAUGGGUUAUAAUUAUUUGAACAUAUAGAUAUGUAACAUGCCACAAAUCAUUUCCACCACGCAAGGUAUAUAAGUUGUUUAUUUUUUAGUAUUAAAACUAUAGUAGCUUGAAUAUAGGUACCAAUGAACAAAUUCAAAUUGCACCUCUUUUCUUAAAAGAAUGGGAUUUAAACUCUUGUAAACAUUCUUUAACUUUUUUGUUUGUUUUCUUUUUUUCCUUUUGCAUUCUUCUAGCCAGUGAUUGAUCUGCUAAUGCUUUCUUUGCCACUCUUAAGUAAAAUUUAUUUUGCCUCCUCAAUGAAAACCUCAUGGUUUUGCUGGCUAGCUGGCUAUUUAUAACUGCAUCACACUUCUAGUUAUGGCUUGAAUUUUCGGUUAAGCUUUCAUGGUAUGUAAUUUUCCAGCCUUUUGAGAAAACAAGCAUACUAUAAGUGAGGGCUGUUUUGUUUUCCUUGUUUGUUUGUUUCAUGCUAGGCUUUUCCUGUCAGCAUGUCCAUUGCAGGCAGUGGACAAGAAACCACCAGCAUUGAGCUAACCCAGUACAUGCUAGGGCCUGUCCUAGAGGGGCCACUUUUCAUUACCUGAGUUAUUUGUACAGAAGGGCGAUAGCCGUUAUUUUUGUGGAUGAGGAAACAAGAAUAAACAGAAUGGUAUUUUUAGGUUUGUAUUUUAUGUCUUUUUUUUUUUUUGCCAUUCUUGAGGAAAUACAGAGAUGACAUGUUUUCACCCCAACUAUCUGGUGCUAUUGAAUGACUAAUUCUGUCCCUAAAGUUCUGUGAAAACACAAAAGUCUAAUGAUUUGAGUGAGUAAAAGGUAAUGGUGCAUUUGAACAAUGCUGUCGUGGUCAGCAAGAUCUGUGAUUUGAGCAUGUGAUGAUUGGAAAAAGGUUUGGGUUAUUUGGAAGUCUGGCUAAAACUUAUUUUGGGUGACAUGUGAUCCUUUAAAUGGCAUUAAGUGAAUAAAGCACACAGACAGUGCUACUCUUGACCACUAUUUUACCAUUUCUUUGCAAACAGUGUUCACAUUUUCAUAUUUUUUCCCUAAUGAAACCACCAAAGAAAGAAAUUUUGUAUGUAUAUACAGUGUGUGUGUGUAUACAAAAUCAUGAUAUAGUAGAAUGCAACUACUUUCUUUUUCUACCAAACGAGAGGUUUUAUUUGCUGUGAAAUAAACCAGAAGUUUAAAAAACCCUGUAGUGAUUAAGCAUACUUAACCACUUCUUGUUUGUAGAUUCACUUUCAACCUUAAAAAUUAAUACCAGUUUGCAUAAACCAGUAUCUGAAAAGAACAGAAAAUGUUGAUGGCAAGCAACAGCUAUUAAAACUGAUGUGACGGAUACAUUUGUUUUGCAGUGGUGGCUGGCCUGAGCAGGUUUGGAUCUGUGAAGAAUUGAUUCAUUUUCAAAAUUAUUCCAUAAAGUUAAAAAAUUACAUUUUAAAGGCAACAGGUCAUACAGUUGUUUAAAUUUGAUCAACCGUAGCUUUAUUUAAAGCAAAUAUAAAUCAUAGAUGAAGUUAUUUUAAACAUUAUGUUAGAAUAUAGAGAUUUUUUUAAAUGCUAAUAAGCACAGUUAAUUCUAAAAUGAGAGGAUUGUUACAGGAGGGAGAUGUUACAGUUAAUCCGCAAUCAACAUUUUGAUGGUAGGGAAAAAACUGCAUAAAAACUAUUGCAUUAUGUAUGAUAGGAAAGUAAGUAUUCCAAAGGGAUAAUCUUGCAUAUUAAGAAAACUCCAGAUAAUCUUUAAAUUGCCUUGAUAAAUAAACCUCUAUGACUGCUGAGCGGCAGAGUGCUUACCCUUGGUUGUCUUGAUUUUAUAUAGUUAUUUCUAAGGGGAGAAAAGGGUCAGACAGAGUAAUAUGAUACAUUUUCUUAAAAACUUCUCUAAGUUGCACAAAAUUGAACAAUCGUCAAGCACUUAUUUACUGGCUAAUGUUGAAUAAAUUAGGGUGCCUUCAUCUGGGUUUUCUUUAGUACCUAAGUCUACAACCCUUUCUCUUUUUCUAUUGUGUUUCGAACUCCACAUUGCAAUACUCUGUUGUCAUGGAAUACAACCUUUAGAUGUUUACUGCUGAAGUAGGUCAGAAAUUGUAUUAUUUGAUUUGCCUCAAACAUCCACUGUAAUGUUACAUGCACCUUUUUUGAAGCAUGAACUCUGAAUUACGUUUUUAUAAAUCUGGCUAGGCAAACCUAGAUUCUGGUUUCACACAAUGGAUUUAUUUUGUCUCUCAGUCUCCAUUUUAACAGUGCUUUUGAAGUUUAUACAGAAAGCUUUAAAAGUUAGUUUGUGCCCUUGGUUUUUAUUCUUAAAACUGCUAAAAUACCUCUGUAAGCCUUAUCCUUUAUUCUUUCAUAUGUUGUAUAAUAAAUGUAUAGAUUUCAUUGACCAACUAAAAUGUUGGGUGUCUGUAAAUGAGACCAAAAUGUGGGUUGCUUUUUUCAUAAAAUAAUUUCUAUUGGGGGUUACUGUUCAAUGACAGCAGGUAACCUAUAACUGUGAAUGCUUCGUGUCGUCAGUAUUUGCAUUACAUUCAUAAAAGUGUGCAAGUCCUGUGACUCCCAGCUUAACUGAAAUACUGUUAUGCCACCUAACUUGAAUACAGCAAACUGGUUUUAGGUUUCAAUGAAAUUGAUGUAAAAUGAUAUCCCAUAAAUAAAAAGUAUUUGUGUUUGGUUUCAGAA